AUGCCAUCGAAAGCACCGACAUACACAUUAAGACCAUUUGUUGAAGCUCCAUUGUCUUCUUCAGGCGAGAAACCAAUCGAGUUGGAAUCUAUUGACCUAUCAUUGUACAAGGACGGUCCUGAAAACCUUGCUGGCAGAAAAGAGCUUGCUGCAAAGAUUGAAAAAUCCUUGUCCACAUAUGGUUUCAUUUCAGUGAUCAACCACGGAUUUGGUGCAGAGAAAUUAGAGCACCUCAAAUCAGUAGCGCAAGCAUUGUUGGAGGUGCCAGUUGAAGAACAAAAGAAGUACUUGGCCGGUGCACUCAAAUCGGACCUUGAAGAUAGAUCCAAGUCAGUUGGCGCGGAACGUGGUUCUGGUUACAAGCCAAAGGGGUACUGGUCUAUGCGCAAUGGGGUUGAGGAUUCGAUCACUCACUACAAUUUCAACCACAUGAAUCACUCCAAAUUUUUCGACACAGAGGCUAAUAACUACCCAGAAGUCGCCAAGGACCACCUUAAAGAGAUUGCCGAGUACUACCGUUUUUUGCAUACCGAUACCUUGAAGAAGCUUUGCAACUUAACGGACUUGGUGUUGGAACUUCCCGAAGGGUUCAUUUAUGAAAACUACUACUCUGUCAAGGACGGCGACUUUGAUGGCUCAGGUGGUGGUGCUGGAAGGUUUAUGCUCUACGACGCAAUGUCCCCAGAGGACCAAAAGAAGGUUGAAAACACGUGGUUGAGAGGCCAUUCUGACAGUGGCGGGUUUACAUUCAUUACUUCACAGCCAAUUUUGUCAUUGCAAAUCCGUGACUACUACACUGGUGAAUGGAAUUAUGUUGGCCACACUCCUAAUGGAUUGAUUGUCAAUAUCGGCGAUGCCAUGGAGUUUAUCACUGGUGGGUACUUUAAGUCCUCUAUCCACAGAGUUGUUUCUCCUCCACACGAUCAAAAGAAUUACAGAAGAUUGGUGUUGAUCUACUUUAGCAAGCCCAAGGAAACAGUGAUUUUGGACCCUGAACCUUUAAACUCACCCAAAUUGAAACGCUUGGGAUACAACAAACCCGACGAAUGGGACAAGAUUGACUUUGCCGAUUGGAACAAAAUGAAGUCGAGCUUGUUUGGAAGAAAAGCCGUCAAUGAUACCAAUAGUGAAGAGCCAAAAUUAGUUUUGUUGCAUGGAAGAUUGCACGAGAGGUGGCACCAAGCGGAAGCAAACUUUAGCUUAGAGGAAGCCAAAAAGAGGUUUGAGGUGAUUACAUUGGAGAGUUGA